ACCAGUUUUUGGAUUUCUGAGGAGAUGACGUUGCCUAAGUGUCUUUCGUUGUUGAAGCCUCUCCAUGCGUGAGACCCUUCAUGUUAGUCCUCUCUGGCAGAAGACUGUGCAUAUUGGUUUUCAGAUGAACAUCACAUAGUCACCAAUAUCUCAAGAGGAUUGCUGGAUUAUUUUAGGAAUGGCUGGAACACAGGAAGAUGAUGACCCAUUACUUACCUUGGAAGAAAAUGGAGGUUUUGGGGAUCUUCCUGUUGAGGACACAAACAGUGACAUGGCUUUAGCCCAAGAUGAGGAUGAAUGCCACACUGUCACCAUGCAGCAAAUACCAGCACUGGAGGAGUUCGACAUGAGCUGGGAGACUCGGUAUCAAGAAGCUGCCAUCUACCUCCAGGAGGGAAAGAAUAAUGACAAGUUUGACACACAUCCCCGGGACCCAUAUGCACUUGCUGCAUACCUCUUUGCUCAUAACCAUUUAUUCUACAUGCUGGAACUGACCACUGGGCUUCUGUUGCUGCUACUUUCUCUGUGUGAGGCCCCAGCUGUCCCCUUUCUCCGCCUUGACAUCUAUGUCCAUGCUACUCUGGAAUUACUUGCCCUGGCUUUUGUGGUGUUUGAACUUGGUAUGAAGAUGAGAUGGCUUGGGUGUCAUACUUUUUUGAGACACCGCAGGACUAUGCUAAAGAGUUGUGUUUUAUUGGUUCAGUUUGUGGAAGCUUUUGUGGUGCUCAUAAGACAGACCUCCCAUGUGCGUGUAACAAGAGCCCUGAGACCUAUUUUCUUAGUGGACUGCAGAUACUGUGGGGCAGUCAGAAGGAACCUGCGCCAGAUUUUCCAGUCUUUGCCACCAUUCAUAGAUAUUCUGCUGCUCCUUUUAUUUUUCAUGGUCAUUUUUGCAAUUCUGGGAUUUUACCUGUUUUCUUCAAACUCUUCUGAUCCAUAUUUUAACACUCUGGAAAAUAGUCUUGUCAGCCUAUUUGUUCUUCUGACUACUGCCAAUUUUCCAGAUGUCAUGAUGCCAGCUUAUUCACGCAACCGGUGGUCCUGCAUCUUUUUUAUUGUUUACUUAUCAAUUGAGCUGUAUUUCAUCAUGAAUUUGCUUUUGGCGGUUGUGUUUGAUACAUUCAAUGAAAUAGAGAAAAAGAAGUUCAAGUCUCUGCUUUUGCACAAGCGUGCAGCCACUCAGCACAGCUACCAGCUACUGGUUAAUCCACAGGGGCCCCCAGGAAUCUCUUUCCGGAAUUUUGAUGGCAUGAUGAGGUACUACAAGCCCCGCAUGUCGACUCGUGAUCGAUACCUUUGCUUCAGAGCCUUGAAACAGAGCAGCACAGACAAUCUCCGGUUAAAAGACUUUUACCAUUUCUUUGAAGUGGUGGACCUGAAGUGGAAGGUACAGCGUAUUCGUGAACAUUGGUUUGAUGACCUUCCUCCUACAGCCCUUCUCAUAUUUAAAGGCAUUAAUGUCUUGGCAAAUUCAAGAGCAUUCCAGUAUUCUGUAUAUGUUGUAGUUGCUAUAAAUGGAUUCUGGAUUUUGAUUGAGACAUUUAUGGUGAAAGGUGGGAACUUCUUUCCUCAAGGCGUUCCAUGGAGCUACAUUGUUUUCCUUACUAUUUAUGGGGUGGAAGUUCUCCUAAAAGUAACUGGAUUGGGCCCAUUAAAAUACUUUACAUCUGGUUGGAACCUCUUUGAUUUUUCUGUGACCUUACUGGCACUGUUGGGACUCCUAGCUCUGGCCCUUAAUAUGAAGCCUUUCUACUUCAUUGUAGUCCUGAGACCUCUUCAGCUACUCAGGCUUUUUAAAUUGAAGAAGCGAUACAGAACAGUGUUAGAUACCAUGUUUGAGUUGCUGCCAAGGAUGGCCAGUCUAGGCCUAACACUGCUUAUUUUCUACUAUUCCUUUUCCAUUGUGGGCAUGGAGUUCUUCUCGGGGGUUCUGUAUCCCAACUGCUGCAAUACUAGCACAGUGGCAGAUUCUUAUCGUUUUCUCAACCAUACUGUGGACAACCGUACCCAAAUGGAGGAAGGUUACUACUAUCUUAAUAACUUUGACAACAUCCUCAUCAGCUUUGUAACAUUAUUUGAACUGACGGUGGUGAAUAACUGGUAUAUAAUCAUGGAAGGAGUGACUUCUCAGACAUCACACUGGGCACGCCUUUACUUCAUGGUGUUUUAUAUUGUCACUAUGGUUGUAAUAACCAUCAUUGUUGCCUGUAUAUUGGAUGCCUUUGUAUUCCGAAUGAAUUACGGCAGAAAGAAUAAAGACGCAGAAGAUGAAAAAGGAAUCACUUUGGAAGAAGAGGUGGGCCGAGAGGAGCUGGCAGUUAUUCUUCGACACACACAAAGUAAUGAUGAGAAAACCCAGCUGCGAAAACUGCUGUCACACUUACAGGCCAGUGAGGCUGCUUCUGUUGUUUUUGUGGGGAGAAGAUCCCAAACGAAGAGCGAUCUCAGCAGGAAGAUGUACGAAGAAGAAAUUAAGGAAUGGUACCAAGAACAUGCCCGGUCACAGGGAAGGAAAGUCGUGGAGUUGCAGCCUGCAGAGGGAGUCCUUCGUCCUCGUUCUAGUACUGUUAACUAAGCAUGUUCUCCACCUAUUACCCGUAUGACUAUGCAAUCACAUCAGUAUUAAAAUAUAUACUGU